AUGACGUUUAGAAAUGCGAAAGAGAGAACUGGGUAUAAGAAGUAAAAACAAUCAUAGUAAUUUUUUUAAAACAUAAUUUCAAUUAUAAAAAGACAUAUACAUAAUAUAUUAAUAACAAUGAUUGGAACUAAUUUUGGUAUUUAUCGCCCAAACUCAUCUAACUCAAAUGCAGCGAAUUCAGUUGGCUCCAUUGCACCUGAGGAAAGAGCCGCUGUUCAGCAGUUGAGCGAUUUUAUGCUGCAACUGGAGGAUUACGUACCCACCGUGCCAGAUGCCGUAACUGCUUGCUACCUAAAUUCGGCCGGAUUCGAAUCAAAUGAUCCGCGUAUAGUGCGUCUUAUAUCCGUGGCCACACAAAAAUUCAUUUCCGAUGUCGCCAAUGACGCAUUGCAGCAAUGCAAAACUCGUUGCAAUAGUCAAAGUAACGUGCCUGGUACACACACACCGGGUCAAAAACCAGUAAAAGAUCGUAAAUACACUUUAACCAUGGACGAUUUGGCACCCGCACUUGCCGACUAUGGCAUUACAGUGCGAAAGGCACAGUACUUCCCUUGAGUAAAAUACAUAACUAUUAUUGUAAUGGCUUUUUAUUGUACGUUGUAUCAUGAUUAUUCGCAUGAAAUAAAUUCAAAAUAUAAAUGA